AUGGAUUUGGACUCAGACACCCAAUCACCAGUUCUACCCUUGGUCGCUGUCUCCUCUAUUCUCCCUCGCAUGGCUUCCAGCUCGUCCUCAGACGUAGUAAUCAUCGGCCUCGGGGUUGUGCUUGCAGCCCUCUAUCUCUUCCGCGAACAACUCUUCACUCCCGCCAAACCUAAAGUCGCACCGCUUCCAACGAAGGCAGCAAAUGGCUCAGGAAAUCCUCGAGACUUCAUUGCGAAGAUGAAGGAGGGUAAAAAACGUAUUGUGAUCUUCUACGGCUCACAAACGGGCACAGCGGAGGAGUAUGCCAUCCGACUGGCCAAAGAGGCAAAAACCAAAUUUGGCCUGGCUUCCCUUGUAUGCGACCCGGAGGAAUACGACUUCGAGAACCUCGACCAAGUUCCGGAGGACUGUGCGGUAUUUUUCGUUAUGGCUACCUAUGGCGAGGGAGAACCGACUGAUAACGCUGUUACUCUUAUGCAAAACCUGAACGACGAGUCAUUCGAGUUCAGCAAUGGCUCCCGCAGACUGGACGGACUCAAAUAUGUCGUUUUCGCCCUCGGAAACAAGACAUACGAGCACUACAAUCUCAUUGGCCGCCAAGUUGACCAAUAUGUCUCCAAAAUGGGCGGUAUCCGAAUUGGUGAACGCGGUGAGGGUGACGAUGAUAAGAGCAUGGAGGAGGACUACCUAGAAUGGAAAGACGGCAUGUGGGAGGCCUUUGCGACUGCAAUGGGGGUUGAAGAAGGCCAGGGCGGUGACUCUGCGGACUUUGCCGUUUCGGAGCUUCCCAAUCACCCCGCAGAGAAAGUCUAUCUUGGUGAACUCUCGGCUCGUGCGCUUACCCGGACCAAAGGUAUUCACGAUGCCAAGAACCCGUACCCUGCGCCACUUGCCGGAUAUCGGGAGCUCUUCCAGUCCACAGCUGACCGAAAUUGUGUCCACAUCGAGCUCAACACGGACGGAUCUGGCAUCACUUACCAACAUGGAGAUCAUGUCGGUGUCUGGCCAUCCAACCCCGAUAUGGAGGUUGACCGUCUACUCUGUGUCCUCGGUCUUUGGGAUAAAAAGGACAACACCAUCGGUAUCGAAUCGCUCGACCCUGCACUGGCCAAAGUCCCCUUCCCCGUUCCCACGACAUACGCUACCGUUCUCCGCCAUUAUAUCGACAUCAGCGCUGUCGUUGGACGUCAAAUCCUCGGUGCUCUCUCCAAGUUUGCCCCAUCACCAGAGGCUGAAGAGUUGCUGAAGAAUCUUAAUUCCAACAAGGAAGAGUAUCAUAACGUCGUCGCCAAUGGUUGCUUGAAGCUGGGUGAAGUUUUACAGCUGGCUGCUGGCAACGACCUUGUCGCUCACCCGACACCGGAAAACACAACGGCAUGGGCCAUCCCCUUCGACAUCAUCGUUUCCGCGAUUCCUCGUCUUCAACCCCGUUACUACUCCAUUUCUUCGAGCCCCAAGUUACACCCGACCUCGAUCCACGUUACUUGUGUCGUGCUGAAAUACGAGUCGGUUGAUGCACCCAAGGUCCAGCCAAGAUGGGUAUUCGGUGUCGGUUCCAACUUCCUGCUCAACCUCAAGUAUGCGGCUGCCGGUGAAACACAGCCGCUGUUGGCUUCUUCUGGUCCAGUUCCGACAUAUGCUAUUGAAGGCCCUCGCGGCGCAUACAAGAGCGAGUCGGUCUAUAAAGCUCCCGUCCAUGUCCGGCGUUCAACCUUCCGUCUGCCCACCAAUCCCAAGAGCCCGGUUAUCAUGAUUGGUCCCGGAACUGGUGUUGCGCCUUUCCGUGGGUUCGUUCAAGAGCGUGUUGCCCUGGCUCGCCGAACGAUCGAGAAAAAUGGUCCUGAUGCGCUUGCCGAUUGGGGCCAAAUUUCGCUAUUCUAUGGUUGCCGGAAAUCAACGGAGGACUUCUUGUAUAAGGAUGAAUGGCCGCAAUACGCGGAAGAGCUCAAGGGAAAAUUCAAGCUGCACACUGCGUUUUCGCGUGAGCCGCCCUAUAAACCGGAUGGAAGCAAGAUCUACGUUCAGGAUUUGGUAUGGGAGGACCGGGAACACAUUGCCGACGCUAUCAUCAAUGGCAAGGGAUAUGUCUAUAUCUGUGGCGACGCGAAGAGCAUGAGCAAGGCUGUUGAGGAGGUGCUUGCGCGCAUUCUUGGGGAGGCCAAGGGCGGCUCUGCGGAGGUGGAGGGUGCGGCGGAGGUCAAGCUGUUGAAGGAACGGUCACGACUGAUGCUGGAUGUGUGGAGUUGA